GGGCAGCAGACCUGAGAGUGGGUUUAAAUCAGUGUUUCUAGUGUGUGAGCUUGUGAGUGUGUGAAAGAGACGGAAAGCGAGAGCCAAAAGUAUGCAUGAUUGUGCAGACUAUGUGUGUAUGUGUGAGCCAACCUUGUUAGUAUGCUUGUCAGUGUGAGUGUGCGUGUGUUUGUGUGUGUCUGUGUGUGUCUCGACAAAGGCUCCAUCCAACCAGACUGCAGAGGGCUGCUUGUUCCCAGAGACCCUCAGAGCUCCUGGACUUCUAGUGUCUCCGCCGUCCCCACAGACCCAGCUGCCCGACGCAGACUCAGAGCCUCGCGCUGCCCCCUCCUCCUCCUCCUCGUCCUCCUCCAGGAGCUCCUGCUCGGGUUACUAAUGGACAGGACAAGCAGAGUCCGGGUCUGAAGUGGGGAACUUCAGGGGAGUAUCGGGAGGCUGCGGAGAGGAGAAGAGAAUUUCUUCCACAAACUCAGAAGUCUUUUAAACGUUUGCCUGGAAUUGUCUUUUCGUGGUUUUGAACCCGCGGCUCAUUGAAAGGCUUUUCAGACUCUCCAGGUCAUCCGAUCGCUUCUUUGCGCUUUUUUCAUCGUCUUUUCUGUGAAGCCUCCACCUCUCGGUGGGAAGCCUCCACCUCUCGGUCUGAAGGCCCCAGCAUGGUGCCGCCCGUCGCCUUGUGGCUGUGCCUCAGCCUGCCGCUGAUCUUCACGGAGGCCGGGAGUAGCGCGCCGUCGGAGGAGCCAUCCUCCCUCAUCCAGCUCGAGCGCCUCUGGACCGGGACGGAGGAGGGCCGGUCCCUCCUGGACCUGGACCGCCGUGGUCACAACCGCCGCCCGGCCCGCGGAGCCGAGGAGGAGGAGCAGCAGUCCACCUUUGGCCACUCCUUCGAGGACGACUCGGUGACGCCGCCACAGGCCACCGAGUUCGCCAACGGGACGACGGCCGCGGCCGGAAACGCCUCCGACUCCGACCCACGCGACCCCCCGGGGCUCUUCAACCCCUUUUACCCGCUGGCAGACGGCUCAUACUCGGCCUACGCGGUGCUGUUCCUGGCCGGCCUGGUGCUGGCGGUGGGCGUGGUGGGCAACAUGGCCGUCAUGUGCGUGGUGUGGAACAACUAUUACAUGAGGUCUGCCUGGAACUACCUGCUGGCCAGCAUGGCAUUCUGGGACUUCCUUGUCCUGGUGCUCUGCCUCCCUGUGGUGGUCCUCAACCAGCUUUCCCACAGGAGGAUCCUGGGCGACAUCACCUGCCGUAUGGUGCCCUACAUGGAGGCCGUGUCUCUGGGCAUCACCUCCUUCACGCUGUGCGCUCUCGGCAUUGACCGCUUCCUCGCCGCCACCUCCACCUCCACCUCCUCCUCCUCCCCACUGAAGGCCCGGCGGGUGGAGCGCUGUGGCGCCGUGCUGCUGAAGCUGCUGCUGGUGUGGAUCUCCGCGCUGACACUGUCCAGCCCGGAGAUCUUCCUGUGGCAGCCGAGCCGCUCCGCCUCCCCGUCCACAGGCCGGCUGGUGGACUCCUGCACCAUCACCCCCUCGUCCCCCCUGUUGCUCUACCUGCCCGACUCCCUGCACUCCCUGCUGCUCAGGUACCACCAGGGCCGGAUGUGGUGGUGCUUCGGCUGCUACUUCUGCCUCCCCAUCCUCUUCACCGUGCUCUGCCAAAUGGCCACGCGCAACGUCAACAGCGACUCAAGCUCCGCCCAGAAGCAGCGCAGCCACGACGACCGCACGUCCUCUAAUCAGAAGCGGCACCAGGUGGUAGAGCGCCAGCUGAACUGCACGCUGUUGGCGCUGGCGGUGGUGUACGGCGUCUGCGCAUUGCCCGAGCACGUGUGCAACAUCACGCAGGCCUACGCGCACAUCGCCGUCUCCGAGGAUACCGCCGCCAUGCUGGCGCUGCUGCAUCACUUCCUUUUAUUCUUCAAGUCCUCGGUGACCCCGGUGCUGCUGCUGUAUCUGUGUGAUGCCCUUGGUCAAGCCUUCAUGGACUGCUGCUGUUGCUGCUGUCAGGAAUGUCAGCCAACCAGCGCCCAGGGCUCGCCAAGCUCCGCCCAGGUCAAACUGAAGGCAGCCAAUGAGACGUCCAUCUUCUUCGACAAGGCUAAAGACACGUCGGCCAUCUUGUCCAUCUCAAGCUAGACCCUGGUCCCUCAUUUUCCAUCAAUCAAUUUUUACGCUUCCUCUUCCAUCGUUAGUUCUCUUUAACCCUCCAGUUUCCUCUUUCCUCUACAAUCAUCUCUUCUCCAUCUUUAGUCCUCUCCUCUUCCAGACUUUCUAUUUGUACGAUAUUUCUCUACGGACACAGGGAUCCUCUCUCCGGCCUACUGUGUGCACAGAAAGUGAAGUCUAAUCAGUAGUAAUGGUAGAAAAGUUGCUGUUUGAUGUGAAGUGCUUGAUGUCUUUUUCAGUCGGUCCAAAGCUGAAGUUUGGUGGGGAAGUUAGUGAUGCCUUUUAAAUCCGGCUAAGAAGAACGUUAGCACUUAUUUCUAACACUAGCAGUGUGACAGUGAUGUUGCUGUUUUCCUUCUGCAUGAUGGAACAGGCUAGCUUGCUAAGUAGCGAACUUUACACCGUUUAGCUAGCUUGUUUGUUCUUUCGAGCGAUGGGGGGUGAGGUGGAGGGACAUUUAGACAAGGUGCUGCUGCUGGCUAACCAGUAUAUUGUUUGGCUAAUUUCCUGUAAUCGUUGUAGCAUCACAGCAUGGUGGAGCUAGAUAGCUAACUAGUGCACCUGGCUAGUUCGCUGGAUAACUACUGUACAGCUAGCUAGUUAGCUAUCUAGUCCCACUAUGCUUUGAUGCUACACUGACACCUCAAUCCUUCUCCAGAGCAACGGGCAGUGAGGUGGAGGGACAGUUAGACCCAGCCCUGCUGCUAGCUAGCAGACAAUCCAGCUAUACGCUAGCUUAUGAGCCAGCUGAAUGCUAGCUGCUAGCUUGCUAACCCCAACACGCUUCAAUGCUACCCUGGUUACGCAGGGUCGCUGCAGCAGUCAGUAGGCUCGCUAGGCUUCGGAUCAUCACUUAGCGAGUCUGACUUCUUGUGAGUCUGUUGACUCGGUUGUUUUCUAAAAGGAAAGAAGUGAAGGAAAGAAGGAGAGAAGCAUUGUGAAAAGGACCUUUUCAGCCUCUUUGUACAGGAAGUGAAACUGUGUAGGAACUUGUAUUAAUAUUAUUAUCACUAAUUACAUAUUUUUAUGAAGGCAAUUGAGUUUUUGUCACAAGAUUGUUUAUGUCUUUGUAAUCAGCGACAUGUUAAACCAUGUGAAUGUUGUCAGCGCCUUCGUGCCUCCUCAAAGUUUUAUUGUGUAGAGAUCAAACAUCUUUGAUUGAAAAGCUCAUUUAACAGUUUGUCUCCAGUUGCCUUGGAAAUAAACACAACAAAACAAAAAAUAACAAGUAAGUUUGAAUAUGUGAAACCUUUUGCAAAAGGUCGUUGAAAUUUGGAUUUUUCAUUAUUCAUCAUAAUGAAAAAUAAACAUUAUCUCCCCCCUUUGGUUUCAUUUAACUAUAAAUCUAAUUUAUUAUCGAAACCCUAAAAAAGGGGAAUAAAAUAGAUUUACUUUCUACAUUUGGGUCCCAAAAAAAUGGUAAAGGAUAUGAACAUGUGUUUCUGAUAACACGGUUAAACGAUGAUGGGAAGCUGAAAUAUUUCGUAAUUAAUGGAGAGUAAAUAAUAUGGUACAUUUGACAAAAACCUUCACUGUCAAUAAUAAUGAUAUGAAAACGGCUGGUUUAUAUUUGAUAUACAGCACAUAAUGUGAUUUGGGUCCAUAUUUACAAAUGGUGAAUAUAUCUGUGUCCAGUUUUGCGGCCAAGCUUUUACUUUUUUUUAAUAAUAACUGGACAAAAGGAGACAUAUUGACUUAAAUCAUAUUAUUUUGUUAGCGAUUAUUCUGAAGUUGUAUUAAGGCCACUUUUUCAUAAAUCUUUAAUAAAGGGACAGUCCAGACAAACACACUAACCUCUGUCUUCUGUUUGUAUCUCUGCGCAUUCGUGAAUGAGAUUCUACAGAGAAAUAAACGCUUUACUUGUA